AUGAGUGCUGCUGAUAAGGAAAUCGUCCGGCAGACCUAUAUUCGAGUUCUCGGCCAAGAUGAGCUAAUGAGGAAACUGGAAAAACAGUUGAGUUCCCCAGGAGAGAUUCCAACAGCGACGCAUCUAAAGGUAAAUCCAGCCGGUUCAGAAGGCUCAACAUCUUGGUUAGACCUGCCCUGUGCCUGGUACCCGCGAGCUUCGCAAGCAAAAAACAUCCCUGAAUUUCUUCGAGCCAACGGCAUAAUCGAUAUAAAGCUGGGACCCUCGCAAGAUUAUAUCGACUUUACGGAUAUACAUCCUCUCUUUCGAUUCGAAAAUUGCGCAAUAGCGCUGUCCGAAGAUAUAACGAGGAAGGCAUGGGCUGCCAUGGCACCAGCAUUGGCUCUCAGCACCAAGUGGUUGACCACCCCUGAGCUCCAGGGAUUCUGGCAUCGCCUGGCUUUCGGAGAGCUGACCACUGCAAAUGGCAAGACAUACUUGGCCCGCUCACCCAUCGAAGAUAAUCUCCCGCUGGCUUGUUCGCGCUUCGGGGAGAUUCUGAUGGUGUUGGCGGACAAGAUUACAUUCUGGUGGGUGCCACAGGUACUGGAUGGAGGAAAGGUGAAUGGGUGCCAUACGAAUAAUAUCUUUGACUCCAUCCACAUCCUUAAUAAAUAUUUAGCCGCACAAAUCAAGAGCCGUAGCUGGUACUCCUCUCGCGACUCUUAUGAUUACGGUGGCUAUAUAGGAAUCAGCUGCGAAUUCCUCUAUCACCUUCUAAGCCCCGAGUCCAGCACACGUUUGGAUGACUGCGCCAUGAUGAGGCUGCAAUUCCAGAUUGCAUUUACACUGUGCCACGAGUUGUGCCAUGCGGUUUAUGCGUGGCGUCGUUUACCGAACCCGGAAAUUUACGUGUUUCCUUCUGAUGCAAUGGCAGAGACUGGUCUGAGUUGGGGUCAAAAUGUACUCGGUGCUGAAGUAUGCAUUGAGACACACGCAUUGGAUUACAUGACCGGUAGAACAUACAAGUACUUAUACAGCUACCCUGGCCUAUUUUACGUCGUUCACGACCGAUGGGUAGACGCGUGGUUUCGCAAGGACACUUGGGCGCGAAUAGACGAAGUGGUACACCGCAAUCUGUUAAGGCUACCUGCCGCCGCUGGUUUCUCUGGUCCUACUUUCUGGAUUGCACAUCUCUUCGUAGGGGGCUUGAUCCGACCCGUGGUGUACAAGGACAGGGAGAUCGUAUGGCCAGGAUUUGCGGUGGGCAAGGUGAAUGCCCCGCCAGAGGGCAUGUCGCCAGAAGAGUGGUUCGCUAAAGUCCGAAAGCAGGACAUGAAGCUGGCAAUGGCAAUUGGGUACAAGAAGGAGAUGUUUCAGGAAGCGGAAGGCCGCUAUGCGAAAGCGGGCCACUUUUUGGAAUUGUCCGCGCAAGAUGUGAGUAGUUAUUCCCUUUUCUAG